AUGGACCCAAAAAACACUCCGGAUAUAAUCAACGUGACGGAAGACGGGCUUCACAACUCUGGGGAGAAAAGAAAUACCGGAGGGCCCUCUUUUUCAACACCUCAAUACCAAACUAAUCCGAUGAGGGGAAGCAACCCAAUUGCUUUCAAUCUGAACACUGAAGAACAACAAGCACCGAGCGUAGCAGCACAAGAUUCGUACAACGAAAUGCUGAAAAAGGUACUAGAAUCGGUCCAAGCAAAUCUGGACAGAUUGGCUAGCGAAGCCAAAAGAACGAAUGAUAGGCACGAAGAAACCAUGAAAAUCCUGAGGGAAAAUUUCAGCCCUACAGCUCCCAGAAGAAGAGGAAGAACAGAAAACGCAAACCCAAGCCGACGAGAGACGAGAGCAGAAAACAAUAAAAGCAAGGAACCCCAAACCAGAGGGAAUGGAGAAAGAAACGAAGCAAGAAACCAACGAGAGAAUAGAACAAGCAAUGAGGAAAGUCCGAAUAGAGACAAAUCCAACGAGGAAUCACCAGAGACACCCAGAAACGAGCAUAACCAGGAGGACGCCCGAAGUGGUUUGAAUUCAAAGAGAGACGAACGAAGAGACAAGGAAAAAGAAGACGCCCCACCAAAGAGUUGA